AUGAUGAGCGAUUACAGCAACUUUAUUAUUGAAACAGCUAAUUAUCGUCCAAUAACUGCCUCAAUCUUGGUAAUAAUAGGAACUAUUAUUAUUGGAUUCUAUCUGUACUUAAAGUCUGUUCAAACAUCAAAAAUCAAUUUGUACUACAAACUUGACAGCAAAGUAUUGAAGCCAGCUUUAGAAAACAAAACAUUGAUUCACAUGAAUUUCAAGCAGUGCAUCUUUUUGUUCAACAACUUCUUCUAAAGUCUGGUCCAUCAGAAAUUAGCUAAGGUGAUUGAAGGUAGAACACAGAUAAAGUUCGUGAGAGAGCUUUUUACUUUCAAAGAUGGAGGCAUGAUCGCUAUUGACUGGGUGAAUGAGAUUUCACCAAAAAACGAUCAAAAACCUUUGUUGAUCAUCUCCCCAGGAUUAGGAGGAGAGUAUAAUUUUGCUUAUAAUAUAAGUGUUGCAGAGGAAGGCCUAGCUAAUGGCUAUAGUGUUGUAAUUAUUGGCCAAAGAGGUGCAUCUGGGAUACCAUUGACUACACCCUAUAUAUACUGUGCUUCAUCUGCUUAAGACAUUCGUGAGCCAGUUGAGUAUCUUUACAAUAACUACUGCGUCAAUGAGGAUAAAUAAAAGAUCAGACAAAUCUUUUACGUAGCAAUUUCAUUCACUGGAUCUAUAUUAAGUCACUAUCUGGGAGAAGAUGGAGACAAGCAUAAAAUUAUAACUGCAGCAGCAGCUGUUUGUUCUCCUAUGAGAAUAUGGUUAGGUAUUAAAUAGUUAAAAGCCACUUACAAUGGAAUCUUCUAUAAACAUUUUGGUUAGAAGUUAAGAACAUUAUUCUAUAACAAUGCACGUGUUUUAAGAGGAAUGUUUAAAGAAAAAUUUGAUGUUGAUAUAGAUAACUUUAUUGGGGAGAAUUCAAAUGCAGGUGUAGAUGAGUUCAAUGAUCUUAUUGCAAAAAUGAACAAAUACAAAAGUUCAGAAGAUUACUACCAUAAUGGCUCCUUUAUUCAUAUAUUACCAUAGAUAAGAGUUCCAAUCAUGUAUUUUUACAGUGAAGAUGAUCCAGUUAUUGGAAAAGAAUAACUAGACUUAGAUUAAUCAAUGAAGAAUCCUUAUGUAUUGGUAGCUACCACCAAGAAAGGUGCUCAUGUGAGCCAUUUUGAAUCAUAUUUCAACCCUAGAAUGUGGUUCCGCAAGCCCGUGAUUCAAUUCCUAAAUAGCUUUAGAAAUGAUGUCAAAUGA